GUCAGCAUCUCGUUCGAUCCACGCACGCAAUUAGCCAAAGUACUUAGCCAAACGACAGGGCUCCUGAAAAAGAGGGAAAUUCUUUUUCCUCAGAGUAUAUUUAUAAUUGCUCGGUGCGUUUGGGGCAGCACAUACGUAAUCCAUGCAAGACUUUGGCGAAAAUAUUCAGCAGGCUCAUAAUGAAAAGCUGGGCAGGCAUCUGGUGGCAGCGAUAAACAUUGAGCCAGGAGACACAUUGCUGGAGGAAAGGCCCUUGUUAGUGGCUCCCCACUGGGAAUGCCACCAACUUAAGUGCGCCCAAUGCCUGCAGGAAUCGUAUGUAAUGUGCCGAAGGUGUCAGGUUUUUCCGCUUUGCAUGGACUGCGGCCAACACGAUGACUUCGAGUGCGAGUUCUUUGCCAGCGGAGCAGGAAAAGCCAUCUGCAAGGAUAUUCUGGUGAAGAACUAUGGCAUAUGUGGACUGCUGAAGCUGCUCCUUCUGCUGGACAAUCCGGAGACAAAAGGCGAUUGUCAAGGGCUUGUGGAAACACCCAUAAAUCUAAGCGAUUACCGGGAUGGAGAAGGCAUGUGGCAGGAGCACGAGGAACUGGUGGUGCGCCCACUGAUGGAGAGUGGCCUUGUGGCGGUACUUCCCGCCCAGCAACUGACCUCGGAUACUCUGCACGCCCACUGCAUCCGCAUCGACAGCAACUCCUUUGAGGUGACCGCCCGGGAUGGCGAUACUCUGAAGGGAGUUUUCGUGUGCGGAGCCAGCUUGCCGCACAGCUGCGUGCCCAACACGGUGGUGGCCCUGGACGAGCAGUUCAACAUGAAGCUAUAUGCGGCUGUUUGCCUCCAGCCUGGCGACAUCAUCUACAACUCCUACACGAAUCCAUUGAUGGGCACCAGCCAGAGGCAGCACCAACUACGCCUGAGUCGGAGAUUGGAGUGCUCCUGCUCGCGAUGUCUGGAUCCCACCGAGAUGGGCACUCACAUGAGCAGCAUGAAGUGCAGAGAGUGCGAAGGCGGAUUCUCGGUUUGUGAGAUAGAGCCCAAUGGAAGGCUGGGCGAUUGGCGUUGCCCGGACUGUGGAGCUCUGCUAACCGCCGCCGAGGUCCACGAGCUACAGGCGGAGGUGGGGGCAGCCUUGGUCGAGGCCCGGGGAGAGCUGCAGGUCUACGAAUCCCUGCUGACCCAGUACGGACCACUGCUCCAUCCCAAUCACUUCAUGUUGCUGGACAUCAAGCAGAACAUUGCCAGCAUCCUGCGGGCGGCGGCACUGAUGAACUCCAUGGAGCAGCCGUGCAAGAAGCUCCUGGCUCGACGCGUCGAACUCUGCUCCGAUCUGCUGCCCGUCUGCAGGGCGGUGGUUCCGGGCAUUUCCAAGCUGUAUGCCAUCGGUCUGUUCGAGUAUCUGCUUGCCUUGGUGGAGCUGGUGGAACUGCAGUUUGCCGAAAGUGAUCUCAACAAAAAGGAAUAUGUGGCCCAUUUAAGGACGGCCAGCUUGGUGGCCAAGGAAGCGAUGGACCUACUCCGCUUUGAGCCAGAAAACUCGGCAGAAGGCUACCUUUCCGACCGGAUUGCCAUGGAGCUGGAGCGCAUUGAGUCCGAUUUGAAGAAAUACGGCAGAUAG